CGGCCAUCUUGGAAUAAUCCAGUCUACGUGGCUAACUUCUCUUUGUGCGGUUUUGAUUGAGUGCGGUCGUGUUUCACUAGUGGCCAUCAAUUUGACGCGUGUCGGUGCAGCUGCAGCAGUAAUUGUGUGUUAUUGUCUGCGUGAGAGUUUCAAAGAAUACAAAGGCUGGGUGCAUCAAACCAGGCGGAGUGCACAUUUGCCCACAAGACGCUAAGGACAAAUUCAGCACGAUGAAGAAAUACGGCCGCAACAAAAAAGGGCCGCGAUACCCUGCAAGCAGACGCGUCGACGAAGAUGGCGAUGCUGUUAUGGAUGGGGUACAAAUACACAAAGAUGGUAUCCGCCACGGUGGAUCCAGCUUCAACAGAGGCGAUGGUUCUUCAGGAAGCAGGUUUUCUUCCAUCGUGAGCCGCCUAAAACCGCAGGGCAAUCGAAUAAAGCCGAGAUUUAUGAAAAAUUUCGACUCCAAUCGUGCAAUGCAGAUGCAUCGCGGUGGCUCAGGUGAGCCCUGGUUCCGCAUACUGAUCCCUAGUGGUCGUCGGUGGGGGCAAGAUUUCAUUCUGAAAGAGCUCACAGCAAAAUGUCCAGUUCAGUUUCGUGCAAUGAACUUCCACACGGACCAGCAGUGUGCCACGUUUUAUGUGAACUCAUACCGUGUGUCACAGGAAUUUCGUAAACUGAGCGGCACGAUUUCAACUGAGGAUGGAACAAAAAUGAAUAUUAUCGUUCGGAGUUGUGACCUUCCUCAGGUGUCGCUCACGGAAUUUGCCGAGAAUGCAAUUAAAGUGGCCAUGUCGAAUCGGUACGAUAUAAACACGAAGUUCUUGAAUCUAUCGAAGUUCGAAGCGGACACGAGCUUGGUUGAAGCUGGUCUCUUCUUGCCAUUGUCUCGGGUGAAUGUAGCUAACUUCGUUGUUACGGUCAUUAUCGAUUACAUACCCGAACUGGAAGGUCUUGAUUUUUCGAACAAUUUGAUGUACAACAUAAGCUGCCUAGCUCCACUUGCGGUUAAAUGUAAAGAACUGAAGACACUGAAACUUGCGGGGAAUAAGAUCAGGAAUGUAAAAGACCUGGACGCGCUGAAAGGUCUUCCCAUAACGGUGGCUACAUUUGCUGGCUGCCCGUUCACCGAACGAUACAAGGAGGAGGAUGCUUAUGUUACUGCCGUCCGGGAUCGGUUUCCUCGCGUUGUCGUUUUGGACCAGAAGCAACUACCGCCCCCGAUUGUGUUCGACCUCCAAGAAGAGAAGAUUGCAGUACCGCGCUCUCUUCCAAGCCAUUUACCCGCGGAUGCAACGCGGCCGCUGGUUGUUGGCUUUGUUGAGCAAUUCUUCACGGUGUUUGAUAGUGACGAUAGGUCACCUCUGAUCGAUGCGUAUCAUGAAGCUGCUCUCUUUUCAUUAUCGUCCACUACUUUAUGUAAUUCAAGAGCAAGAAAAGAUAGAGAAAAGCUUGACUACAAGGGAGACAGCCGCAACUUUCUACGAAUGCAGCACGACCAAGACUUGAAACGGCGUCUGUUGCACCAGGGUCGGAUCAAUAUUCUCGAAUACCUGAAAAACUUUGCUAAAACACAACACGACCCAGCGUCAUUCGUUGUAGAUGUGGCUUUUGUCGAGCCUACCCUAAUGAUUUUCAACGUAAACGGGGUAUUUCGGGAAAAGCGGCCAGAUGGUGGAUUCCUAUCCAAUCUUCGCAGUUUUCAGAGAACGUUCACCGUGAUACCCCAAGGAGCCGGGUUGGCAAUUGUAAACGACGGAUGGUUUAUUACUGUUGCCACCGAUAAACAGUCCCGUGCCUAUCAGGAACCUUCGCCUCCAUCUCGGCCACCAUCACCGGCAGCUGUAGUUGGUUCUGCAGCUGUUCCAUUGCCGACUCCAACAGUUCCCGGCUCCAAUGAGGAGAUUAUCAUAAAGUUCAUGGAAGUGACGAAAAUGAAUCGCCGCUUUUCGAUCGACUGUCUUGCGCAACAUAACUGGAAUCCAGAAGCAGCUUACGACGUAUUUCGGAUACUUGAACAAAAUAACAAACUACCUCCGGAGGCAUUCCAGUAGAAAAAUAAUUGAAUGGCAGCGCCGUCAGAACGAAUCGCUAUUACACCGCCAACCUGGUAAGCAGUCGCCGCUGCUAUUAAAUAUAACUGGACGUGCUGCUGUGU